CAGAAUAUUAUUAUUAUUAUUAUUAUUUUUGGCAUCGGUAAUUUGAGCUGGCUUAUUUAGACCCAGCGAAGGGAAGGCAUCUUCCCCCUUCUUUCAGUAGCGAAAAACUGGCUAGACGAUCCGGGGCGAUCCAUCUCCAAACGAGACGCCGGGAAGCAGCUAACCUGCUUCGUGGGUGCAUCGCACCCGGGACUGGCUCCUUCCUUCUUCGCCUCACCUCCUCUGCUCGCCUCCGCGUCAAGGGAGCGACAGAGCGCCCAGAUUUCGUAGCAUCCCAGCGGCUCCACAGCAGCCCCGACCGCUCCAGCCGGGAAGGAGCCGGCCGUCUCCUCCAGGACCAUCCAACCGGGACCGGGAUCCGUGCUCGCCGCAAGGAAGGCAAAGGAAAGUUUUGGCAAUGGAAGCAGAGGCAACUCAAGCAGGAGACGCGCUGUCCACUUUGCUUCUCUCCUCGUCUUUUUCCCCCCCAGUCUGCGUUGCCUUGGACCACUCUCAAGAAUGAAGGCAGCCCGUGGUAGAACUCUUCAUGGGCUGGUUGGUCAUUAUGAAGGGUGAUGGGAGAGCAGUGUGAUUAUCCCAGGAUUUGAGGAGCUGCUGCCAGCAAAGAAGAAGGGGAGUCAACUUAUUUCCCAAGGCACCAGAAGGCAAGGCAAGAAACAAGGGGUGGAAACUGAUCAAGGACAGAAGCGAAGCUGGAAUGGAGGAGAAACUUCCUAAGAGAAGUUCUCAUCGUCCGUUUCAUCGUUCUCAUCGUCCGUGAACUUGCCUCCAGAAAUUGUGGGUGCUCCAUCAAUGCAGGUUUUUAAGAAGAGGCUGGACCACCAUUUGUCUGAAAUGGUAUAGGAUCUCCUGCUUGAGCCGGGAGUUGGACUACAAUAGCAAUAGCACUUAGACUUAUAUACCGCUUCACAGUGCUUUUACAGCCCUCUCUAAGCGGUUUACAGAGUCAGCAUCUUGCCCCCGACAAUCUGGGUCCUCACUUUAGCCACCUUGGAAGGAUGGAAGGCUGAGUCAACCUCGAGCCUGGUGAGAUUCGAUCUGCCAAAUUGCAGGAAGGCAGCAGAAGUAACCUGCGGUACUGCACUCUAACCACGGCGUCAUCGCGGCUCUUAGAAGACAUCCAAGGUCCCUUCCAAUUCUGUGAUCCUGAUCCUGAUUCGAAGAUGCUGGCAUUGUGGAACUGCUGAUGAGCCUGUGCUGCCCAGGUCCCUUAUAAGCCCCCGCCAAAUUCAGGCUCGGGGAGGGAAAGUUUUUUUUCCAAAGAAGAAGCUGAGAAAAGGAGAAAGAGAAAGACCUUCCCUGAUGGAGAAUGCAUCCAACCACAGCUGGGAGGUCUGGGAGCCCCAGGGCCCAGUCAGUGGCUUGAGGGUGUUGGCAGGAUGCUUGCUGUCGCUGUUGGUGCUGAGCACCCUGGUGGGCAACAGUGUGGUGUGCCUGGCCGUCCUCCGGUUCCCCCAUCUGCGGACCAGAGCCACCAACUGGUUUGUGCUCUCCCUGGCUUUGUCUGACCUUUGCGUAGGACUGCUGGUCAUGCCCUGGAAGGCGGUCACAGAAGUUGCAGGUGGAGCGUGGCUCUUUGGCAGCCACUUCUGUGACACCUGGGUGGCCUUUGACAUCAUGUGCUCCACAGCUUCCAUCCUCCACCUCUGCAUCAUCAGCCUGGAUCGUUACUGGGCCAUUGCCAACCCCUUCUGCUAUGAGCGGCGGAUGACACAGUCCCUGGCCUUCACGAUGAUCACGUUGGCUUGGACCCUCUCUGUCCUCAUUUCCUUCAUCCCUGUCCACCUCCAUUGGCACACCGCCGAGGGGACCCCUGGCUUGCUUCCCUAUCACUGUGACACUCGUCUCAACCGUACUUAUGCCAUCGCCUCCUCCUUGAUCAGCUUCUACAUUCCCGUCUCCAUCAUGAUUGGGAUGUACGCACAGAUAUUUCGCAUUGCUAAGGCUCAGAUCCAUCGCAUCUCCUCCUUGGAAAGAGCAGGUGGCCUUGGCUUGGUCAAGGGGAAGGAGCCUGUUUCUUCUCUGCGCAGCUCACUGUGCAAAGAAACCAAGUUGCUUCAAACCCUGACCAUCAUCUUAGGAGUUUUUGUCUGCUGCUGGAUGCCGUUCUUCUUGCUCAAUUGCCUGUUGCCCUUUUGUGACACAGGGUCCAUGGACAGAAGCCCUGAGCAACUGACCUGCAUCAACCUAUCUGUCUUCAAUAUUUUCAUGUGGCUUGGCUGGGCCAACUCCACCAUCAACCCAGUGAUCUAUGCUUUCAAUGUAGACUUCCAGCGGGCAUUCAGGAGCCUGUUGGGUGGCCACCAUCUUCCUUGUUGUGUUCCCAACCGUUCUGCCACCCAGAGAGUCCAUCUGAGCGGUGAGUUGACCUCCUACCCCCACAGAAAAGAGGAAGAUUCCCCGUUGUCAUUACCCGCACAUGCCAUUGUAGCUUGGAAUGAGCCACUCCCCUCCACAGCAAGCAUCCACGAAGAGUAUUACGGAAGGCUCGUAUCAGAGAAAGAGAUGCUUCCACCCUCUCCAAGGGCUUACAGAAGCAGUUCCAAUAUGCCAGUUUUGCUUCCCUUUCAGUGUGAGAGUGAGCUAAUUUUGGAAACGGAUGUUCUCCAUGAUGGAACUUAGAAACUCCCCAACCUCACCUCAGAGUGGUCCUGCUGGCCCACGUGUGCUUAGAUCUAGAAACCACAUGAGAACAUGUUAGGACAGAAGAAGAAAAUGAGAGAUCGACAUGCCUGAUAUGCUCUCUUAAGGGGCUGUUCUGAGUGAUUGCUAUGCAGAUGUAGGCUAUCUCUAGAAAGUAUAUGGCAACCCAACAGACUGCUGAAGUUGGACUAAGUUACUCCAUGAAUACAGUCAAUUCCUUUCCACAGUCAUCUAAUUUGGUCGCCAUAAUCAUUACUGACUUUUCUAACUAUGGCUGCUUCUGGAUAGCAGUUCAUAUGUUAGUUUGAGAGGAUAAAUUGUACUUUUUACAAGAUGGAUUUAACACACAUACAGACACAUACAUUUCCUCUUCCCAUAUAAUGUCAGAAGAAAGAGUUUUAACCUAGCUUUUUAACUAGUACUAGUUACAACUAGUUAACUAGUUUUAAAUAGUACUGACGUACUAGUUUCCAGUAAGGAAGGUGAGUAUGUGUGAAUAGGUAUCCCUAUUUGAAAUGCUACAGCUCAGGUUCAAAUUUAGCACUGCAGAAAAUAGGAUGCUUUGCAGAAUAGUUGAAUUAUUGUUGGUUGUGAAGUCAGCCAGAUGUUUGGAUUGGCCAUUAUGUUAUGUCUAUAACAUGUUUAUAAUUGUUUUAUUAUAACAAUUGUUUAUAAUCAGUUUGUGUGAUCUUGUGAUCUAUUGUUUUUUCUGGUGUUUUUUUUUUUUUUGCACAAUCUGCACUUUAAAUCACUUGAUGAUUUUUCAGUUCGAAUCUUGAUUUUAUUAGUUCAAACAGCUGCCUAAAUCAAGCCUUCACUUUCUUUUUUCAUGUUCCUGUUGUAAGCCAUUGCCAGAUUUUAUCCUUAUCCACCUUCCCCUUAAUCUUUUGUAGAAACUGACCACGUAAUGGAUUUUCCUUGCCAGCAUUCUGUUUAUGUAUUUAUUACUUUAUUUCAAUAUUCAUGUUUUGUUUCCUGUACAUUCAGUAAAUUCCAAUUUUUAACUUGCAUCAGUUCUUGUUCUUGUCUGUCUUUUACAUAAAUACCCAAUGCAUGCAUUUCUUUGACAGUUUGUUUGGCUUGAAAUAAAUCUCAGCCUCCAUUUCUGCAGAACAGGUAUAAUCUAUCAAUAUUACUACGGGGAUGUACAUAAUAAAUAGUAAUAAUUCCUUCCUUCCUUCCUUCCUUCCUUCCUUCCUUCCUUCCUUCCUUCCUUCCUUCCUUCCUUCUUUCUUUUGUCCAAACAGACCAGUACAGCUAGUGCUCGGUUAUUGUUAUUACUAUUAUAGUAUAUUGCAAAGACCCUUGACCAGGAUGGAGUAUCUAAGGAAAUAAGAAAUUCCAUAUUAAAUAUUAAACUGAUUAAUGCAAAUUUGUACUAAAUUAAACCUAUAACCUAAUUACAAAAAUUUAGAUUGUAUCCAAGUGGAACAAUAUUCAGUUCUUUCCAUCUGGCCCAAAGAUAUGAGAAAAUGUUUAAAUCAUGCAGAUUAAUUAUUUAUUGGGUGUAAAGAAAAAAAUAGAUAUAGUAGUGUAGUGUAGAGAUUUUGCUUGAAAUGCAUACUGCCAAUAAAUACAUUAGGUAUGCAUGUCUUUGUUGACAUAAAUUUUGAAAGCUCUGUUCCAUGAACUUGGCAGGAUGUACAGUUGCAAUUGUUUAUUUUGUUUGUUUAAUUUAGCAAAAAGCAGCUUUGUGUGAAGAGGACAGGUAGCUCUAGGUAAAUGAUAUAUCCAUUACCACUUUGCAGCCAAGGAAUUUAGCUGGUGAUUAGGAGAGAAUUGUUAAGACUCAAAAAUAUUUUACUCUAUGUCUCUUAUUGGAUUAAUGAUAUGUAUUUUCUUCAUGCAUAAGAGUUUAUGUGCAUAUUUUAAUGUUCCCAUCCCAACCUUUCACAGAUGUACAAUUUCUAAAGCUAAAAUCUUUUUGCUUGUUUUUUAAAUGUUAAAUAAUAGAAGAUCAGACAUGGUUUCCUUAAUACAUCUCUGUAGUUUCAAAUAUUAUCAGAAUAUAAUCACUUGGCUAAUUUACUUGUGUCUAUUGGAGUGACUUUGAAAAUACAGUAUACUGCUUGUAUGCAAUUUAACACUUUUGCAGUUGUGUAAGUUACUGUUGUACACUGUUGUUACUGUGCAUGUCAAGUCAGUGGACUACAUCAACCCCGGUGAAAAUGUGAUUGCACAGGAAACGUAAGUAUUUGUUUCUCACUUCUUUUGUUCAGCUCCCUGGCAAAUAAAAUCUUCUAGCAAAAAUAAAUUUCUUUUUGAGGACAAAUCAGUUGGACAUUAAAGAAGGCAUUUUCAAAGCUCAGUAUGGUUUUGCCCUAAUUGUACCUUUUGUAUUGGAAUCCAGUGUAAUUAUAUGUGCAUGACAGCCUUAUUAUACUCCUUUUUUGGUCACAGUGACAAAAUUCUAAUAAACAAAAGAAUCUCUACUGA